AUGGUCGACCGGCCCAACAAACCCACCGCCUUGGCUACUACACCGGGCCUCCCGCCCCAGGCGACCGUUAGCAUCACCCACUCCAACUCCCGCGUCUCUGCCACCCUUCCGACCGGCGAGUCUGUUGAGGUUCUCCUGCACGGCGCUACCGUCCUGAGUUGGAAGGAUGCCUCCGGUCGCGAGCGCCUCUGGAUGUCGGAGGCCACUGUAUUCGACGGCUCUAAACCUGUGCGCGGCGGCAUCCCUCUCGUCUUCCCCGUUUUUGGCCCCCCCUCCGACGCCCACCCCCCGACUGCUAAGCUCUCCCAGCACGGCUUCGCCCGUUCUUCGCGAUGGGAGUUCCUCGGAAAGUCGACGAGCGAGGGCUCCGAUACAUCCUCAGUGAAGUUGGACUUUGGUCUCUCGUCGGCCAAUCUUGACGAGGAGACGAAGGCCAAGUGGGGAUACAAAUUCGGUGCCAUCUACAGUGUUACUCUUGACCGCGAAAACCUUUCUACCUCUAUAGUUGUGACGAAUGAGGGCGAAGAGCCUUUCGACUGCCAGAUUCUUAUGCACACAUACCUGCGCGUGAACGAUAUCACACAAGUUCAAGUCCAAGGCCUCGACGGUGCCAACUACACUGACAAGGUUCACUCGGGCGCCUCAAAGACCCAGUCGGGUAACAUCACCAUCGACGCCGAGACGGAUCGCAUUUACACGCCUCCGGCCGGCCCCAAGGCUCCGGUCACUGUUCUUGAGGCAGGUGAGCCGAUCUAUUCUGUCGUCCGAGACAACCUAGAGAACGUCGUCGUGUGGAAUCCAUGGGUCGACAAGGCCAACAGCAUCGCCGAUUUCGCGCCCAAGGAUGGCUACAAGCAUAUGCUCUGCGUCGAGCCUGGCUCUGUUAAGGGCUGGCAGAAGCUGGAGGGCGGCGAUGCAUUUGAAGGUGCCCAGAUCAUUACUGCACACUAA